AUGAGAAUUAUUCGUGUCUUCUUCACACUUGUCUUGUUUUCUGUUGCCUGGGCUGCUCAUGAACGGCGUGGUUUCUUUUCUGGAUGGUUUGGUUCUCGAGAUAAAUCUAAAUCAGACACUGCAGCUUUAUCUACAACUCUUCCAACAUCUGGAUUGGAUCAAGCACCUGAUUCUGUUCCUGGUUUAUCUGCACCUGGACUCGGUUCUGGUGGUCUUGGUGGUUCCGGUUCCUCAAAUGCACCUGAUACAAAUCAAAAAGAUUCAAAACCAGAAGGGCAUUUAUCAACAGUUGUUGUUGAAUUGCCUGAUGGGACUACUAAGACUACAACGGGUCAUGUGCAUGUUUCUGUUGCUGUUGUUUCAUCAUAUGAAACAGUGAUUCUAACACCGACUGUCCUUCGUGAAAAUGGGGUGGAUUAUACAGUGACGGCACCAACAACUUUACAAAUUACUAAUUGUCCAUGUACACGGACAGUAUCAUUAUUAUCAUCUACAGCAACUAGAUGUGUAUGUACAACUGAGGUUGUGCUUCUUCAGGCGGUUCCGACAAAUGAAAUGCCGCUAGUAAAUACAGCUAAACGUGCAAAAAUAGGAGCAUUGGGCAUCUGCAUUGGGUUUGUUUUGGUUGCAUUUUUUGUCUAA